AAGCGGUCGAAUAAGGAAGUCGCAUUGCAGUUUAAACAAACGCCACCAUCGAUCGAGAACUAAGACAUCUUUUUGUUCGUUAAGUAUCAGCCAGCUUUAAAUAAACACACAUACUCCGAUUAUAUCAUCAUCAAAAGUCGACCUUUGUCCUCUGAACUUUGGUGCAAAUCGACACCCGGCCCGACUGCUGUGUUAGUUCGCCAUUAGUUAAGACAUUCUUCUCAAACUCAACAAACAGCAUUCACACUAUCGAGAGCGCCCGAAUGGCAAAAACACGACAUCGUCGAGCCCUUAUCACCACGCUUCACCCACGCCCUGCUGUGCUGCGCGCCCUGAUAGGAGGAUAAAUAAUUGUGCGUGUCGUAUCGUACUUAUCUAUUACUUGGCCAGCUGUUUCGGUUGCCUCCGGUGCUGCUGCUGCUGCUGCGUCAUUUCAAGCGGCAAAACGUGUGGGAAACGGCGCCCUAAUGAGAUUCAUGAUUCGCUUCGUUUUGUCGGAAACCAUUUUUUCGGAAGUCCACGGUCUCAUCCACGAACCUAAAACAUUGAACUUCGUCAUGGUCAACCGAUCGCUAGACGGCGCGACCCAGCACUACGCACCGCUGAAAUACGACCCACCAGCGUACGCUGCCGCCAGCCUACGGAAGACGACGCAACCGACCAAGCGGAUGCUACGACUUGCUGCUACCGGUCUGCAUGCCCACCAAACCAGCUUCAACAACCCAGCUCGACAUGCUUUCAUUAAGCGACAGCCAGAUUAUUCAAUUGCAAAAUAUUCCUCACCUAACUGGCCAAGGUUGCGCUGAUUGCGAUUGCUUGUUUGCCGCGGUACAAGAAGACAACAACAACAGCAACUCAGCAAAAAGUGUACUAAAAAGCUGUUCCUAGCGAGAUAUGAACAUUAUAAACAAACAACACGGCACAUCGUCUGACACCGAGCCGAGGCGAAAUGAUUGAAAGCAAGAACAUGGCAAAAAUAAAUGCAUUACAAACACGCCCGAAAGAAUGCUGUCAGCCUCCAGACCGGGCGCGAUCAUCUGUCUAGCAGUGGUCUGCGUUGAUUUCCAUCGUUCGCACGUGAUUGAUGCAGCGGCGAUGCAACUCAGCGCCCCUUCGCGAGCACCACAACUGAAGAGCUGAUCGAACGUUCCACAUCCUGAUCAUUUGUUGGGCAAGGGUUCAUCUGGCGCCGAAGGACACCCGGUCGGAAGGGACACGACGAGGAACACGGUCGCGAAAACUAUUGUCAACAUCGCACCUUGUUUGGAAAAAUUGUUGAGCGUGCAGCCGAUCGCUUGUUAUCUGAUUUUUUCUCCGUUUCCGCCCGGUUUUGAGUUGUGGCCAUUUCCGAUAGCCUUGGUAGGUGAAAGAGGAAGGCUCACGCGGUUGGACGGCGCUGAACCGGAAUGCAAAUCAGUGUGUGGAUCGUUUGCAAGGCCAUUCAGUUCUGAAACUGUGGUCCACGCUCGUCAAGGUCACGAGGGUUGGAACGAUCGUCUAAAAGUAGCUACCAUUUACGGAAGGAUCACCAAACUAUGCAAAGAGAAUAUUAUAUUUAGCUACAUGAGAACUGUUUUUCGAUCACCUCCACAACAAGCAUGCUAACGCCUGAAUGUAUGCAAUACUCGGCACAAUACUACUUCUCGAUUAUCUCUUAUGCCUCUCGAGAAGACUUAUUCC